AUGCUGACAGGCUCGGGCUCCUCAAGUGAGGUCACUUCCACUGAUAACAGGCCCAUCAAUAAGUACUGUCCAAGGGAGGUGGGUAGGCUGAAUGACAUGGAUCCCGAGGCGCAGACCAGGCAGCCCAAGCCCAAGUUGCUUGCCUCGACACGCUAUGCCAUUCUCACUAUAUACCGACGUCUAUUCACGCUAGUCUUCCUAGCAAACACCGCCGUAUUUGUGACCGUUAUGACCAAGGAGCAAAAGCUGUUAGCUCUGGUCAAUGCCACUGCCGCCAACCUGCUCGUUUGUGGUAUGGCCCGGCAGCCAUUAGUUGUCAACGCGAUCUUCCUGGUUGUGUGCUCGAUACCGAGGUCUGCACCACUUCCCCUGCGCAAGAUAGCAGCCAAGGUCUACCACUAUGGCGGAGUUCACAGCGGCUGUGGAGUGGCCUCACUUGUCUGGUACGUCGGAUUCGUCGGCAUCCUGUCGAAUCAGUACUGGGGAACAACCGCCGGGGCCAGGAUCCGCCUUUCUACCACGCCAGUCAUGCUAGUGUAUAUUAUUCUGGUUCUGCUGUUAGCGAUAAUCGCGGUGGCACACCCCACGUUCCGCCUGAAGCGGCACGACUGUUUUGAACUUACCCACCGUUUCCUGGGGUGGAUUGUCGUCGCCUUGUUCUCCGCCUUGCUGAUGAUCUUCGCCCACGAAGCCAGUCUGUCCCUGCAUAAACCCCUAGGCACUUUCCUCGUGACCCUGCCGGCCUUUUGGUUCCUUGUCGCAACCGCCGUCUCCAUCAUCCAGCCCUGGCUCUUCCUUCGCAAGGUUGCGGUGCGGGCCGAGCCUCUCUCCACCCAUGCCAUCCGCCUACACUUCGACCACACAAAAACGGCCUUUGCAGAGGGCAUUCAACUAGCCAAACACCCCCUCCGCGACUGGCACGGAUUCGCCACCUUCCCAGACACUGCAGCGGAAACAGACCAACCAUCCACCUUCUCAUGCCUAGUCUCAAAAGCCGGCGACUGGACGGCCGACACGAUCCAAAAGCCCCCAGCUCACCUCUGGAAACGAGGAGUAUUAACCCAGGGCUUCGCGUAUGCGAUGCGUGUUUUCCACCGUGUGAUUGUCGUCACAACGGGUUCAGGCAUCGGACCCUGUCUCUCAUUCCUGGGGGACGAGAACCGGCCCGCGCUGCGCGUUCUCUGGCAGACACGCGCCCCUCUUGAGACGUACGGCGAGGGCGUGAUGGGGAUGGUGCGUCAGAUGGAUUAUGAUCCCAUCAUUAUGGAUACGACCCGGUGUGGCCGCACCGACAUGGUCCCCAUCAUCUUUCAGCAGGUUAGAGAAUUUGAUGCGGAGGCUGUGUGCGUGAUCAGUAACCCUUUGCUGACGAAACGAAUUCUGUAUGAGCUUGAAGCGCGAGGAAUCCCGGCAUUUGGUCCGAUUUUCGAUUCUUGA